AUGGAGACACUUAGCUCGGCCUUAGCCGAUCUCGACCUGGGUUCGCAGGGCAUCGGGGGGAAGACAUUUGAUGAGCUUAUCGCCGAAGAAGAGAACGGGACUUACCAGAAUCACGCACCUAGGCGCAGACCGCGCCCAUCAGCCGCUCAAGUGAGACGCGAUUUGGAGAAUGAGUUUCUUACUCCGUCGCCUCGAUUUAGCUCCGAAUGGUUGAACCGUCUUCAGAGGAGAUGGGAUGUGUCAACGGACUAUAACGACCUCUUUGAAGUGGCUGGGACACAAACGAGGACGAUUGUCCGAUUCGACCGCGAAGGUCUUGAGGGCCGUGUCACUGGAUAUCACGAAGUGACAGUCCCCGCCAACAGCGCCAAUGCAAAGAACUCGACGUCUUUGCUUCGCCGACCUGCAGGCCGGGCUGAUUUUGUUAGGGGCGCAGCGGGAUUCUUCCCGUUUGCCCCUGGUGGCUUGGAUGGGGUUGAGGCGAUUGCGGAAAUGGAGACUGAGAUUCAGACGGCCGGACCUUCAGGAGCUGCUGGGAAGCAGGCAGGACUGGACCGGAUUAUUAAUUUUGGAACCGAGGGCGGAUUGUUAGAGGUCGCCCCUGGAUUCUCGCGCGGACUGAAGUUUGAAGAAACGAAGUCGAAAGAAGCCGCAGAAGAGGACGAGGAAGUUGAAAACACCCUCCAGCAAGAGGAAAGCAAUAUCAAUCCUGAUCAGGAUGAAACUUCAUCCGACGUGGGAGGGGUGAAAAUAGAUGACGAAGAAUCUGCCGAUGAGGAUGAGGAAGAGGAGGACAUCGACUCCCUGCUACCGGUUGAAUUCCCGUCCCUAGAGCCGCGAGCUCCGCUCCUCUCAGCCCUCCAGAAAAAAGCAGGCAAGGAAUGGGCACACCUUGUGGACGUCAAUAAGGAGAUUACGAAUUUCCACGAACUUGUUCCAGAUAUGGCCCGCGAGUGGCCAUUUGAGCUGGACACUUUCCAGAAAGAAGCUGUCUAUCAUCUCGAGAAUGGGGACUCAGUCUUCGUGGCUGCACAUACUUCAGCCGGUAAAACAGUCGUUGCAGAGUAUGCUAUUGCAUUAGCUGCUAAGCAUAUGACAAAGGCGAUUUAUACCUCGCCGAUCAAAGCGCUGAGCAACCAGAAGUUUCGCGACUUUAAGAAUGAGUUCGACGACGUCGGCAUCUUGACGGGUGAUGUUCAGAUCAACCCCGAAGCAAGUUGUCUGAUUAUGACUACUGAGAUUUUGAGGAGUAUGCUCUAUCGUGGAGCGGACCUCAUCAGAGAUGUCGAAUUUGUGAUCUUCGACGAGGUCCACUACGUAAACGAUCUUGAGCGUGGUGUCGUAUGGGAGGAAGUUAUCAUUAUGCUCCCGGAGCAUGUCACGCUUAUUCUUCUAUCUGCUACAGUACCUAACACUCAAGAAUUUGCGUCGUGGGUGGGCCGAACGAAGAAGAAGGACAUCUAUGUCAUUUCGACGGCCAAGAGACCUGUUCCUCUUGAGCACUACCUAUGGGCAGGAAAGGACAAAUUCAAGAUUGUCGACUCCAACAAACGAUUCCUCGAAAAUGGCUGGAAACAAGCAGACGAUAUUAUCUCCGGAAAGGACAAGCUCAAAGCUCAAAAGGCUGCAGAAGCCCAGGCGCAAUCUCAAGCAAGCAGAGGUGGUCCCCAGGGGCGAGGCCGGGGACAAGCGCCUGGCCGUGGUGGCCCGAGAGGAGGCGGAGGCGGAGGCGCGCAACGCGGAGGAGGACAACGAGGCAGGGGCCAGCCAGCAAACCGAGGAACAGGAAACAUUGCUCGUACCGGGAGAGGCGGUGGACGCACAACAGCUGCACAGGACAGGACUGUCUGGGUACAAGUCGUGCAACAUUUGCGCAAGGAGAACUUGCUGCCGGCCUGUAUCUUCGUCUUUUCCAAGAAAAGAUGCGAGCAGAAUGCCGACUCAUUGUCCAAUCAAGACUUUUGCAAUGCUGCUGAGAAGAGUCUUAUCCACAUGACCAUUGAGAAGUCCCUUACCCGGCUCAAGGCGGAGGACAGGACAUUGCCUCAGAUUCUUCGACUUCGCGAAUUGCUGAGCCGAGGAAUUGCUGUCCACCACGGUGGACUCUUACCGAUCAUGAAGGAGAUUGUCGAGAUCUUGUUCGCAAAGACCCUGGUCAAAGUCCUCUUUGCUACAGAAACAUUUGCCAUGGGCCUGAACCUGCCUACUCGUACGGUCGUCUUCUCUGGAUUCCGUAAGCACGAUGGUAAGAGUUUUAGGGAUCUCCUGCCUGGUGAAUAUACCCAAAUGGCGGGACGUGCUGGCCGCAGAGGUCUUGACAACGUCGGCUAUGUGAUUGUCGUCAACUCCGGCAGGGACGAGGCACCACCUGCUGGUGCACUAAGGAAGAUGAUUCUUGGUGACCCAACUAAACUUCGAUCUCAGUUCAGGCUUACAUACAACAUGAUUCUGAACCUGCUGCGUGUAGAGGCGCUGAAAAUUGAAGAGAUGAUCAAGAGAAGUUUCAGCGAGAAUGCUACGCAGGCCUUGCUCCCAGAACACGAGAAACAGGUGCAACUCUCAGAAGCUAGUUUGGAAAAGAUCAAACGAGAGCCGUGCGAGAUUUGCGAUGUUGAUAUCGCAACUUCUCAUGACGCUUCCAUCGAGUACGCAAAGCUGACAAGCGAGCUGCAUCUUAACCUCCUCUCGUCGCCUGUCGGCAAACGCCUUCUUAUGCCGAAGCGUUUGGUUGUCUACCAGAAGGAUGGAUACCGAACGGCAGGUGUUAUUGUCCGAGAGGUCGGAGGAGGCGCCAACCCGGUCAUACAAAUCCUCGAGAUCGGCAAACUGACCAGCAAGCGUCAUCCCAGCGAGAUUCUCCCAUUCCUACCAGCGUUCCGGGGAUUCUUGAACCCUCUCCCAACCCGUGCUGCUGAUAUGACGCUCAAAGUCUUCAAGAUCCCGAUUACGGAUAUCGAAUGUGUUACCAAUACGAUAGUCAAGCUUAGUGGCCCAACGUGGUACCUCAACAUCAAAAAAGAGGCGAUGCGAUUUGCAGACAAGGAGCUCUCUAAGUUAUGCUCUUCAUGGACCACACCGGUCUGGGACGAGCUAGAUUGGGCUCGAAUCAAAGAGCUCCAGCUGAGGGACAUACUGGAUAAGCGUCGCGAUCAAGCUAGUAUCGCCCAGUCAUGCGACUGCUUGAAAUGUCCCAACUUCCUGAAACACUUCGAGAUGCAACGCGAUGAGUGGCAAAUCAAGGAGAACAUUUCGCAACUGAAGCAACUCAUGUCGGAUCAGAACCUUCAGCUCCUUCCCGACUACGAGCAGCGUAUCCAAGUAUUGAAGGACCUAGGCUUCGUUGACGAACAGUCCCGUGUGCAGCUGAAAGGGAAGGUAGCUUGUGAGAUUCAUUCCGCGGACGAGCUCGUUUUGACGGAGCUUAUCUUGGAAAAUGUCCUCGCUGAAUACGAGCCUGAGGAGAUAGUCGCGCUGCUGUCCGCCUUUGUGUUCCAAGAGAAGACAGAAAACGUUCCCACGCUGACCCCUCGCCUGGAGAAGGGCAAGGAGGCCAUUGUUAGGAUUUCGGAGAAGGUAAACGACGUGCAGAUUCAGCACCAGGUCCUUCAGUCUACCGAGGACAUCAACGACUUCGCCAGCCAACCGCGAUUUGGAUUGGCAGAGGUCGUCUACGAGUGGGCCAAGGGAAUGUCGUUCAAUCGAAUCACGGACCUCACGGAUGUCAUGGAGGGCACUAUUGUGAGGACGAUUACCCGACUGGAUGAGACCUGCCGCGAGGUGAAGAAUGCGGCGAAGCUGGUUGGAGACCCAACGUUGUAUGCGAAGAUGCAAGAGGCGCAGGAGAAGAUCAAGAGGGAUGUGAUCUUCGCAGCGUCUCUGUAUAUGUAG